AUGUCUGCUCCUACUGGGAUUGUUGUCUCUGAAGAACUCACGUCUGCUUUCUCGGAUGCUGUAGCUUCUCAAGACAUCAGGUUUAUCAAAGUCUCUAUCCGCAAUGAAUCACUUGUUCCUGAUGGCCAAACCGCACCAUCCGGGACCUUGGAAGAGGAUUUAGAUAUACUAGGUGGCCUUCUGGAGGAUAAUGUACCUGCAUACGUCCUCGUCAGGUUGGACGACUCUCCCUCUCAGUGGCUAGCCAUCUAUUAUGUCCCCGACUCCGCUAAAGUUAGAGAUAAGAUGCUGUACGCUGCGACGAGGACUACUCUAACCAAGUCUCUUGGUUCUGCACAUUUUUCGGAUAGUUUAUUUGCUACGGACAAGAAUGACAUUUCUGCGGAAGCAUAUGUAAAGCAUAGACAACACCUCGCCGCUCCAAAACCCAUGAGUGCUAGGGAGAAAGAGAUCGAGGCGGUCAAAGCAGCGGAGCGUGAGGCGGGAGGUCUGCAAUACGAAGGAAGCCAAGCGAGGCGCAGUCAUGUCAAGUCUGAUGUCGGCUUGAAAUGGACGGAAGAUGUGGAAAAUGCGGUAAGAGAUUUAGCUCUGGGAAAUAGUAGUUCCCUAGUAGUUGUUAGUAUCAAGCCCUCCUCAGAAACGUUGGAAUUGCAAUCAGUAACCAAGUGCAGCGCUGACAAGCUGGCAUCUAUUAUACCCAGUUCAGAUCCAUCCUUUGCUUUCUUUGCUUGGCAACGAGAUAGUAUAUCGCCUCCUCGCCGGGAUCUAAUUUUCAUCUACUCCUGUCCGUCUUGUUCGCCCGUCAAAGACCGCAUGGUGUAUUCUCUAGGAUCAAACGAUGUCUUCCGUAACGCGAAUGGCAUCCUCUCGUCAUCUGGAGGCAUUCCUGCAUUCACGACACGCAGAGUGGAAACGUCGGAUCCCACAGAAUUGAAUGAAGGAUUUCUGACAUCAUGGCUGGACUCAAACGAUCUCACUUCCACUAACAGUGCAGAAGCUCCAGUGCAUAAUACCGAGAAGAAGCCGUUUGCACGACCUAAGGGACCUGGCAGAAAGCGAUGA